AUGAGAUUAAUUUCAGCUCAAGAAGUUAGUAAACAUAACAAACGCGAAGAUUGUUGGGUAAUUAUUCAUGGCAAAGUUUAUGAUUUAUCAAAUUUUCUUCCUGAACAUCCGGGUGGAAUCAAAGUUAUUCUUCAACAAGCUGGUAAAGAUGCUACAGCAGCAUUCGAUCCAAUUCAUCCACUAGAUAUUAUUCAAAAAUAUUUGCCUCCUGAAGUUUGCCUAGGAGAAGUUGACUCAGCUACAUUAGUCAAAACUACCAAGGUAGAAACCGAAGAAGAAAAAAGGCGUCGUCACGCAAUAGAAAAUAAGCCAUCUAUAGACGAAAUGUUCAAUAUGUACGAUUUUGAGGCAGUAGCUUCACAAGUUUUAACAGCUGAAGCUUGGGCUUAUUAUAGUUCAGGCGCUGAUGAUGAAAUUACUCUUAGGGAAAAUCAUAAUGCUUUUCAUCGCAUUUGGCUACGUCCUAGAGUCAUGAGAGAUGUAUCGCAUGUAGACAUGAAAACAAGGCUUUUAAAUUACGAAACAUCUUUCCCUCUGUAUAUAACUGCUACCGCAUUGGGAAAAUUAGGUCAUCCAGAGGGGGAAGUAGUUCUCACUCGUGCCGCGCGCACGCAUAAUAUAAUUCAAAUGUUACCGACCCUCGCUUCAUGUUCUUUAGACGAUAUGACAAAUGCUAGAGGUGAAGGACAAAUUCAAUUCUUUCAAUUAUAUGUUAACCGGAAUAGAAGUAUCACACAAAAGGUGGUUCAGGCGGCCGAGCAGAAGGGUUGUAAAGCACUUUUUAUAACCGUAGAUGCACCACAGUUAGGUCGUCGCGAAAAAGAUAUGCGCGUAAAAUUCGUGGAUGCACCACCUGAUGUUCAGGAUGAAAAAGAUUUAAGACGCGAUCAAGGAGCUGCAAGAGCGAUUAGUUCGUUUAUUGAUCCAUCUUUAAAUUGGAAAGAUUUGGAAUGGUUUAGAUCGAUAACAAAAUUACCUAUUGUACUUAAGGGUAUUCAAACUUCUGAGGAUGCAAUACUUGCAGCCCAAUAUGGCUGUGACGGGAUAGUUCUUUCAAAUCAUGGAGGUCGUCAACUUGACUUUGCUCGUUCCGGAAUUGAAAUUCUUCCAGAGAUAGUUGAAGCAUUAAAGAAAAAAGGAUUAUACCAUAAAAUAGAAGUAUAUGUGGAUGGUGGUGUACGACGCGGAACCGAUAUUUUCAAAGCGAUAGCUUUAGGAGCAAAAGCUGUUGGAAUUGGAAGACCAUUGCUUUACGCAAUGGCAUCUUAUGGUCAAGCGGGUGUAGAACGCGCGUUGCAAUUGUUACGAGAUGAAUUGGAAAUGGCCAUGCGGCUCACGGGAGCAAAAACUCUCGAUGAUAUUCGACCAGAGAUGGUAGAUAUCAAAAAUCUAACGGAUCAUGUUUUCAUUCCAAAAGACUAUUUGUUUACAAAUGUUUACGAUAAACCCGUACCAAAAAAGAGCAAGUUAUAA